AUGGCCAAGCGAAAAUCUACCACGAGUCCUUCUUCGCCGCGCAAGAAGGCCAAGCUGGACCUGCCGACCGAUACCCCGACCCUUGAGAUAUCCAGCGGCGAUGGAACAUCCUUAUUAUCAGCAUCAACACCAUCACCUCCAACCCCCUCACGACGCGAAAAACGCAAGAGAACAGAUAGUGUUUCUACCGAUGGCUCAUUAGAAGAGUCGGGCCCAGGCACCAGCGCGAAACGAGCCAGGACACAGAGCCCAGCCAGCGAAACGAAACAUUCACACCAGCCAGGCUUUGAGCUAUGGCCAGAUCUGGAAGAUGAUCCAGAUUUUGUACCAUGGCCGAGCGCUUUUGACGACCCACAGUCAGAAGCACAUAUUUAUUACGAAGAUGAACACUACACAAAGGAGCUAACUGCGAAAGCACGCGAGUUCCGGAAACAAGCUACAUUAGCGAUGCACGGCUACUUACUUUGCCCAUGCGGAAAGUAUCACCAAGUCGUUGGCCGAAAAUGCUGGCACCAUCCGGGGAUGGAGCCAGAACUAGAAGAACCAGUUGGAACACAGCCUCAACAAGAUGCUGGCUCGAUGUACCGAAGUCGAAGCCAGGAGCCGCUACUAAGCCCAGAGCUUUCCGAUGAUGAAGAGACAGAUGCAGCUGGGGGUGGUCAACUCGAAAUCACGCCCAUCAGUGCUUCCGAACCAUUAUCGAUCUCAUCAAAUUCGCCAGCUUCUGUCAUUUCAGAAGCAUCAAAUGUUUCUUCCACCACUUCACCCUCCACUUCGCCUGCCUCUUCAUCUGCAACUACCAAAGCUCAAGUCUCGCGUCAACGUAGCAACAUGAAACGCAGUGCAGGAAAGCCGAUCUCACAGCGCCAGACACGCAAAAAAAACAAGAGGAAGCUGGAGGGAGGGAGUGUAGAUAAAGGCGACAAGCGCCAGCCUCGUGGUCGGAAGCCGAAGACUACGUCGAUAAUUGAAGAGCCCGUUCAGUCACGACGAUCAUCUAGGAGAGCUGCGGGCUCUCAGCUGUGGUUUUUGGGUGACAACGGCAAAGCUUGCUUGAUGACAUCAUCCUCAGGGUGA